GACAAGUGGGGGCUGGGCAGCCCCUCGCUGCGUGGUGGCGAGCACCGGGCACCAGCCGCACCAGUGGGUGCUGGAUCCCAGGCUCUGUCCUCGCUGCGCUCCCCCCAGUCUGGGUGCUGUCACCCGCGUCCCCGGCCAUGUCCGUGCUGAGCCCCUCGGAUAUGGAGAGCAGCCCCUGCCUGCUGCCGGGGCCCUGGGGCGCCGGGGGGGAGGAUGUGGAGCCCAGGGAGGAGAAGGUCUGCGCCGUGUGCGGGGACCGUGCCACCGGCUACCACUUCCACGUCAUGACCUGUGAGGGCUGCAAGGGCUUCUUCAGGCGCUCCAUCAACAAGGGCAUCCGCUUCACCUGCCCCUUCACCCGGAGCUGCCCCGUCACCAAGGCCAAGCGUCGGCAGUGCCAGGCUUGCCGCCUCCAGAAGUGCCUCGAUGUGGGCAUGCGGAAGGACAUGAUCAUGUCGGAGGAAGCGCUGAGGCAGCGGCGGGCACUGCGGGGGCAGCGGCGGCUGGCACGGGAGCAGCCGGGGGGGCUGACGGCGGAGCAGCAGGAGCUCAUCGGCAUCCUCAUCGUGGCCCACCAGCGCACCUUCGACUCCAGCUUCUCCCAGUUCACACACUACUGGCCCGCCGUACGCCUCUAUGUUCCCGGCCCACGGCCACAGAGCCCACCGCAGCCGGGCAUCCCUGCCACGUGGACACCAUCCCUGCAGCCGGACUGCCUGGACGAGGACGUGCUGCCCGAUGUCUUCUCCAUGCUGCCCCACUUUGCCGACCUCAGCACCUUCAUGAUCCAGCAGGUCAUCAACUUCGCCAAGGAGAUCCCAGCUUUCAGGAGUUUGCCCAUCGACGACCAGAUCUCACUGCUGAAAGGGGCCACGCUGGAGAUCUGCCAGAUCCAGUUCAACACAGUCUUCAACACAGAGACCAAUGCCUGGGAGUGUGGGCAACACUGCUACACUAUCCAGGAUGGAGCCCUGGGUGAGGGGGGGGGGGAAACAGUGGCACCGGGAAGCAGGGGACAGCCACGUCCCCAUCCUGGCUCGCCCAUCACUGCCAUGCUUCCCCCAGCUGGUUUCCAGCAGAUCUACCUGGAGCCGCUGCUCAAGUUCCACAUCAGUCUGAAGAAGCUGCAGCUGCACGAAGCUGAGUACGUCCUGCUCCAGGCCAUGCUGCUCUUCUCGCCAGACCACGCCAGCAUUGCCCAGCGGGACUUCAUUGACCAGUUCCAGGAGAAGGUGGCCCUGACGCUCAAAAGCUACAUCGACCACCGGCACCCCAUGCCCGAGGGCAGGUUUCUCUACGCAAAGCUGCUGCUGCUCUUGACAGAGCUGCAGACACUGAAGGUAGAGAACACGCGGCAGAUCCUCCACAUCCAGGACCUGUCCUCCAUGACACCGCUGCUCUCUGAAAUCAUCAGCUAGAGCCCACACUGGCGGUGCCCACACCAUCCCCCGGCUGAGCACCGGGGCUCACCAGCUACCAGUGCACUUUACAGGGCAGAGUAAAGCUCCUUUAUUUUUCCAGGC